AUGGGGACAGCCGUCCAUGGAGGAGUCAGGCUGGCUGGCCUACCCACAAAGCUGCUACCUGGAGUCCGUCCCUCCGUCCGUCGGUUGCGAGCACAGCGGAGGGCCGUGGCCACAUCUGGGCCCGGGCAGAUCCGGUGGAGACGGCACCCGUGGGCCCAAGACCCGCCCGGAGCCGGCAGAAGCACUGGGGCCCAAGCGACCGUGACUUUCCAGGGUGGGGCAAGAAGCUGGGCUCUGGGACCAGGCUGCGGCUGCUUCGAGGUCAGUGCCAGACCCUGCCCGAGCCCAGAGGGCCACACUGACCUUCACAGCCACGACCACCCGGUCGCCACCCUGGGGACCCCGCCCACCCAUCCGGAUUCCUGCCCCAGGGCCCCCACUCAUGGCCCCUGUGACCGCAGCUCUGGACUCACCGGUCUGCCUUCAGCCUCUCCGGGCCUGGAGUGCCUAGCCCCCCCGCUCCAAGUGCUGGCAGAGGAAGACUUGGACAGCAAGGUUCUUAGGAACAGCCAGGGUGCUGGGGCUCUAGACAGUGAGCCCCUGCUGGGGGCCACGGCCACAGCCUGCCCCUGGGCUGAGCAAGCAAGGGAGGAUGGGGCUGGGGAGCAGGCAGGGGAGUGGGGGGAGGAGGAGUGCCCCAUCUGCACAGAGCCCUACGGGCCUAGUGAGCACCGCCUGGUCCUGCUGAACUGUGGCCACGGCCUGUGCAUGGGCUGCCUGCACCAGCUGCUGGGCACAGCCCCCAGCGCCGGCCUGGGCCAGGUGUGCUGCCCACUGUGUCGUCAGAAGACGCCCAUGCUUGAGUGGGAGAUCUGCCGGCUGCAGGAGGAACUGCUGCAGGCAGAUGGGCCGCAGGGCCCACGGCCCCCGAGCCCCCCUGCUCCUCCCCUCCGGGGCCCUGGGCCCUGGGCCUCCCUAGAGCACCGCUACCAGCUACGCUUCCUGGCGGGGCCCGUGGGCGGCCAGGGCUGCCUGCCCUUCCUACCCUGCCCGCCCUGCCUGGGUGCCCGGCUCUGGGCCUUGCGGGAGCGAGGGCCCUGCACCCGCCGCCUAGCACUGCUGGGCCUACUGGCCCUUGAGCUCCUGGGCCUGUUGCUCAUCUUCGCACCACUCAUGCUGCUGGGGCUGCUCUUCAUGCUGCUGGACCGCUCUGGUCACUGAGCAGGGCCUAUCACACCUGCCACUGGCACCACCAGGGCCUCGGAUAGUCCUGGCCACCGACGGACCAGGAGCCCCAGGCUGGCCGUGAGGCCUGACGACCAAACUGAAAAGCCCAAGAUGGAGCCGGGCACUAGCCUUCAAUCCAGACCCGGGUCUGGGGCCAGGCCUACCCAGGAGCCAGAGACUUCAAACCACCCUGCCGCCCGACGCUAACUACUGGUGCCCGUGGGCAGUGCUGGAGGAGGCCUGUGGCCUGUCCUCACCCCCCUCUCCCUGACCCACCCGGCCUGUCUGCAAGAGGGACACAGCAGCUGCAAAAGUGAACCCAGAAGGCUGGUACUGAGCUGACUCCUU